GAAAACAAGUUACACAGGGAAAAACACAAUGAUCAAUGAGACUUUCUACACAGUAGUUCAUAUGUUAUUUUAAAAAUAAAAUUACUUAAAAUCGGACGGUGCAAACGCUAGUUGGUGUGAGUUACUGUAGAAUACACGUCUAUGUAUUGCGAGGAGGAACCUCUCAAGGUGCUCUGUAUACACUGAACAAAUCAGUCCAUCAAAAGCCAUGAAUUUGAAUGAUUUUAUUGUUGUCACAAACCAGCCUAAUUCAGUUAAAUUAAAAAACAGAAAUGUGCAAGAGAUGCGAUUAGAAACAGUUCAGUUACAGCUGGAAAGUAAAGACAUGGAGAGUCGACUUCAACAGCUGAGACUGAGCAUGAGCAGAGAAAAGGAUGAGCGAGAAAAAUCGGGAGGAUUUCACUGGAGGUCAGGGCAACCUGGUGCCCUAGCUACCCAUCCACACGGAGCACCUCAAAAUAAAGAGAACAACCUUCAAAAGUUAUCUGCCGGAAAAGUGAAGAUAAAAAUACUCAAAGACCAAUCUGAAGAAUUGCGGAAGCCACCAGAGAGCUAUCGUUCACCAGUAGGAAUGAUCAGAAGUGGAAAACCCAAACUCCAAGGAAAAAUAUGUGGGCAAUGUGAAUCAAAAAAGGCUGGCUUGGUGUGUAUGGAAUGUGGAGAAGAUUAUUGUGUCAGCUGCUUUGCCAAAUUCCACCAGAAGGGGGCACUGAAACUCCACAGAAUGAUACCUCUACAGAUGGAGAUCCAGACUUCCAUCAGCACAUUAGAUGUUGUUAGUGAAUUUAAAAAACAAAUUGAUCCUGAAGAGUUUUCUGUGAGAACCAAACAGAAUGAUGUUGUUGUGGAGAAGCAGUUACCUGUGAAAAAUCCUCUCCCUCCACAGAAGAACACAGAUGCAGAGGUUUCAUUUUUGGAUCAUGGAAAUGAUUUUGAGGUCCAAAGCAUCAGGAAAAGUAACCAGAACAAAGGUUUAUUGUUAAGUGGUAGUUUUGAUGAGGAAGAGUCUGCAAAGUCUUUUCAGCAAGUGUUGAUGGAAUGGAGAACCGGAAAAGAGAAAAAUGAGCAAGAAUGGAAGCCCUAUGAAGCCGUACCAGUGUUCACAGGGGUAUCUGCAGUUCAAGCAGACCUGUCAGAUGCAAGAAAACCAGUUGACAUUGACUUCAGUGAACACAGUCUGAGUUAUAUGGAGAGACUGCUAUUAAAAAAACAUAGAAGAACCCCUGUACAGCAGUGUGGAUCGAUGUCUUUGACCUCUUCACCUCAAACACCCUUAAUGGAGUCAGACAUGCUGAUGGAUGAAGAAGGGCUGAGUUUGACUGCUGAAGAGAUGGAGGAACACAGAUAUUACACUGCUCUUUUUAAAGUAGAUGAGUUUCAUCAGCAUAAUCAGCUGACUGGAUCAUCCUUAAGUAUUUUAGAAUUGGACGAGGUUGUUAAAGAGCACUUGGAGGAGAGUAACAGCUAUGUGGUGGAGGAAGCAGAUAUCGAAGAAACCAGAGAGAAAAAGCUGACUCACUUGAGAAACAAUCUCUACUUGACAGAGCUGAAUUUGUCUUUUGACAAAAGGUCAGAAAUGUCAGCAGUCCAAGAAUCAAAGAACAUUGGAAUGUCUUCCCUCAUGGCCACAUUAUCUGAAGAUGAAAAAACCCUUUCAUCAAGCAGUAGCACAAGCACCUCAGCAAGCAAGCAGAGACUUCUCUCAGCUGGAAAAACAUCAAGCACAAAUGUGCAUCUUUCAUGUUCUCUGUCUGUUUCUGCUAAAACAGAAAGAAUGGCCCAAAACAGUCCACGGAGACCAAAACAAAAACAAAGGCAAAAGAAUGAAAAGCAAACCACUAGUGAACCGCUGAAAUCUCAUAAUACAUCACUGUUAUUAAAUGUUUCUCUGGAAGAUGCAGCUUCCACUGCAGAUGAAGUUCCAGGCAGAAACCGUUUGCUGGCGAAUGGCAGUACUACAGAAAGCAUAGAUGUGGGCCUCUCUGUAAAGCCGUCUAUGGCACUGCAUGAGCUUGCUCAAAGACAACCUAUGGAAGUGGACCACUAUACUGGCCUAAAUGGCUUUUUUACACUAGGCCUGGACCCUGCACACAUCAGUUCAGAUCCUUUCCCUCAACGUGCCUCCUGUCAAAGUGAAGAAAAUAAACAGGACUUGCAGACUGAAGAAAGAGGGGAAUGGAGACCCAGCAGCAGUUUAAGUGAAUAUGCUGAGGAGUUGGUUGUCAGCAGUGUAAUUGGCAGCGCUCGAAGCAGACCUCCAAGCAGCCUUGGGCAACAGAUCACCUCUGGUAGAGUCACCUCAUCUAUGCAGUGCCAUGCAUCAUCUGGAAGUCUAAUUUACUCGCCAAGACCAUUUCACUCUGCAUCUGAGAAUAAAACAUUCUCUUCUUCAUGGCAAAAAGGGCAGGUAUCUGCUAGGCCAGUCAGUGCUCAUUCACGGCCACUGUCCAGAGCUACAGCUGAAAUUAUGGAAAUCGAGUCCAUUGACUCAACUGAGAGUGAUGAUCCAAACCUGGAAAAUGAGGCUGAUAAUUGUGCCUUAGUGUGCUUGGAAGAGGAAUUUAAAAUGCUUAGAAACCAUGAAGAUGAGGAGAAGUCGGCUCAAAACUCAUCAUCCCAACAAGAGCAGUGUGUAUUUCGGGCUCAGGAAAGGUCAAGAACAAAACAGACAAGGAAGAUUUCUCCAAAAAGCUGGGAUGCUGAAGGUCACACAGAUGAUGAGGAGGAGAUUCUGAGAGACAAGCAGAAUGUUAUGUCACUUCCCUGACAAGAAAAGUGAACUAGGUACCAAUUGUACAAAACUGACUUUAUAUUAAAUAUCAAUCUUCAGAUCAGGUCACGAUUAAAAUGUAAUGCUGUUAGCUUGUAAAUGUUUUAUUUGAUUUCCUGUACAGACAAAAGUGGCCCUUUUUGUUGCAUUUGAACAUGCUAAUACUGUCCAGUGGUAAAUGUAUGUUCUAAUCAUUUGUUGUGCCUGUUAUUUUGUUAAUUUUUAAAAAAAUAGAUUGAGUAGUAUUAAUGAUGUUUCUGGUUUGAAUAUUUUGUGCUUUAUUUCAUACCUAAUACUCACGUUUAUUAUUUUGACACAUGAAACCAUAUUGUUAACUGAGAAAUCUGUUUACUAUGUAAUUUAUAUAGUUGUAUAUGUUGGUGAAGAUGAGGUGUCACAUUUUUUACUAAAUAUGCAGUUUGAAAAGUUUUACAAUAUAGUACAUUUAAAUAAAGCAUGUUCAGUUGUUCAAAGGUGCAUUUGAUGAAUACAAAAAAACCCCAAAAAACUGUUAAAACAUGAAUAUUUAAUGAAAAACACAGUUUUUUAUACAGAUGCCCAAGCUUCCUUACUGUUUUCACUGUGUGAUGUUUUUAUAAUGCUGAUAGAGGUUAACUGAGUUAAACUUCAUAAAAAUGUCAUCAAAGAGAAAUGCAAACAUUCACAGAAUGGCUAUACCCCUUCUAUUUUUGCCUCCAAGGCACUUUUUUUUUCUAUUAAAGUUUUAGUGAAAUCUUUUUCACUCCUACAAAAUGAGAGGAUUUAACCCACUGGGUAAGUUAAGAUGUAUUUAGCAUUCAGGUUGUUGUUGCAUGUAAAAUGAGCUUUGCACCACAAAUAAUAUUAACAGAAGGGAAUUGUACUCUACAACAAUAAGUCAAAUUUUCCAAUUACUUUAACACCAUAAAACUGGAAUUUUAUGUAACUGUGAAUGCAGGCUACUUAUGCCUUCACAAUAUUAUAAGCAAUGCUAUACCAUCACCAUGUACAAAAGCUAUAUCCACGGUUUAAUGUUUUGGGCCUCUAGUUGAAUCAAGUGCAAAGGCAAUAAUUUUGAAUGGAUUAAAGUUUGAACAGUAUGAAAGUAAUAAGAAACUAUUCAGAACAGUAAAUGCCUCCUUCCGGUAAAACCUUCCGGUUGUUUCUUGCUAGUUUUAUAUCUUUUAUACUUUUUUUUUUUUAGCAUUGUUCCUCUCAGAAAAUGUGCUUUGCACUUGCUUCAAAAGGGGUGAUAAAGCAUUCUAUUGCAGUACAUGAUUAGCUUCUGAUUGACAACAAUGUAAUGCACCAGAAGAAUGGCCCCUUCAGAAGCUGUGUUGCAACAGCUAUUGAACAGUUUGCUGUGUUAGCCUGUAAUCUCAUCAGAACCUACUUUGAUGGCACUGGAAUUGUGUAAUUUGCCAGUGUUAUUUAUUCUAGUUGUGAUGAUUAUUUGGCUUUUCUUCUGACUGCUGUGCUGCCUCUUUGUGACUGCAUUGACUUCAGCUUUCUGUUAUCCAUUCUGCAGUGCUUUGCUGCUGUUGACCAAAGGCUGUUCUUUGGAAACAGCUGGCUGUCUGCUCUGGGAUUGCCAAGUUACAUAGUUUCCUGGUAGCCCCCCUGCAUGUAGCUCUU